UCUCCUCUUUUUACCAUGUUGGACACCAAAAAAGGCAAACCAGGUGAAUGUCCAGUCAUCUUUGAUACAUUCGACCAAGCACAAAAGUGUCAUCAUGACAGAGACUGCCAUGGAAAAGAAAAAUGUUGCACUUAUUACCAUGAAUCUGUCUGUGCUCCUCCGGUUUCAACACUACCUUGGUGCCCGAUGAUAAGAGGGGUAAUGGGGACUUGUAUUGAACAGUGCUCUGGUAACUGGGACUGCAAACAUCAUGAAAUAUGCUGCUUCAACGGGUGUGGACACGUGUGCAUGUCACCAAACCGAGAGAAGCCAGGAUUUUGUGGAGACAGACGGUUCACUCGCACUUGUCGAGGUGACAGUUGUCAUAAUGAUUUUCAAUGCUACGGUGACCUGAAGUGUUGUCCAUCAAGAUGUGGACAUUCCUGUGUAAGGCCUAUUUAUUGGCCAAUAGACUAAUGAGCUACACUCUCGGCCAGGAUGCUGUGAUCCAUUCUGGUUUUCUCCUCAUGUUUACGAUUGUCCAGGAACAUGAGGUCACUUCUGUACAAAUGUCUGACAGGAUAAUAAAUUACUAAGCGUAACAGCCUGAAGAAGACAUGUAUUUUUCAACAAAUGCAUUGACUAAAUAAUAACAUUUAUCUUUUAAUACUGUUUCUUGACAAAAUGACUCCUGACAUGAUUACAUUUGAAAACGCAUCUCUUAACUAAAUAAAUAGCAUUGUUUGGUGCCAGUUUAAAGAUUGUUUUUCAUAAACUUUGUCUUUUACUUUGCAGUUUUAAUUUUAUGAACUAC